AUGCUGCGCGUUUCCCAACUUCUCGCGUUAGGUUCUGCUGUGCUUCCUUUGAUUCAUGCGCAGACCCUCACUGUCGAUGGCGUCCUGGUCCCUGCCAACGAGUCAACCGUUGCACCAGCCGCUGAGAUUAUCACUGGCGAUCUAUUGCAUGAGGAGACUGUGCAACUGACGGAUACGAUAAUCUCCAAUCUCACGGACUUGUCUCUGACGAACAUCUCCCUGUUUGACUUUGCCAGCAACACCACUCUCGAAAAUGGGUCCCUACCUGAAUGCAAGACGUACCCUGGGACCGCUCUCUGGCCCGACAAACUCAUCUGGAAGCUCCUGGACCUUCUCACCGGCGGUGCACUCAUCGAGACCGUCCCCAUCGGGGCGGCAUGCUACGAUGAUUCUGGUCAUUACGACGAAGCCAGAUGUUCGUACAUCCUCACUCAGUGGUACAACUCAACCCUUCACUACCAGGAUCCAACUUCCGUCAUGUCGCCGUUGUACCAGGGCCUGACCUGCAUGCCCCAGUAUAACGAGACUGGCGAAUGUACACUGGGUGGCUUUCCCUCGUACGUCAUCAAAGCUACAAACGUGGCACAGAUCCAACUUGCUGUUAACUUUGCGCGGAAUCUGAACAUUCGUCUUGUGGUCAAAAAUACUGGCCACGAUUUCAAUGGUCGGUCUAGCGGCGCCGGUUCUCUUUCUGUAUGGACUCACCAUCUCAAGAGCAUCAAGUUUUACGAGACUUAUGAGACAAAGUCUUAUUCCGGACCUGCUUUUAAGGUUGGAACUGGUGUUCAGGGCUUCGAGCUGUAUGAAGCUGCUGAAAAGUACGGCGUCACGGCUGUGGGUGGCGAGGGAAUGACUGUUGGAUACGCAGGUGGUUAUCUUGCCGGUGGUGGUCACUCGCCCAUGUCUCCCCACUAUGGAAUGGGCGCGGACGCGAUCCUGAGCAUCGAUCUUGUUACGCCAGAUGGUCGGGUUAUCACAGCCGAUGAAACGCAAAACACGGAACUCUUCUGGGCUCUCAGGGGCGGAGGAGGCAGCACUUUUGGUGUAGCCACCUCGUACACCGUCAAAGUUUACCCGAAGCUGCCCAUAGUUUCCGUCAUGACGUUCGCUUUCGGGACCAACGAAAACGUUACACUUGCCACCUUCUGGGCCGCUGUCAAGGCCUACUGGGAACUCAUACCCACGUUCAACGAUGCUGGGAAUUACGAGUAUUGGAAUAUCUUUCACACGAGUGAGACGGGCGUCUUGUUCACCAUGGCUCCGUGGUUCGCCCCCAACAUGACUACUGUACAGCUUCAGGCUCUUACUGCUCCUCUAUUCGCCAAAUGGGAAGAACUUGGCCUCCAUGUUGAGCCAGUGUACUCAGAAUAUAAUAGUUUCCACCCGGCCUGGAAAGCUGGGUUUUCACAAGAGGCGAUUGGUCACUGGUCUGGAAAGACUGCAGCGAGACUCUUUCCCAAGGAGAAUUUUGAAGACCCAACCAAAUUCAAUGCCACUUUUGAAGCCAUCAAAUCCGUCGUCGACAAAGGCGGUCAGCUGGUCGGCUUCGGCAUUACCGGCGGCCCUGGUCCUUACCCAGACAAUGCAGUAAACCCGGCCUGGCGUGAGGCCGCAAUGCACGUCAUUUCUAUGCUCAGCUGGGCAGAUGGGACUUCGAUGGAAGAAGUGGCUAUACUUAGCAUGAAACUAACUAACGAGUGGAUGGCUCCUUGGCGGGAGGUCAGUCCGGGUUCAGGGGCAUAUAACAGCGAAGGCGAUGUGACGGAACCCAACUUCCAACAAUCGUUCUAUGGCAAGGAGAAGUAUGAGAGGUUGUACAAUUUGAAGAAGGUGGUUGAUCCUACGGGACUUUUUUAUGCGAACCUGGGGGUUGGGAGUGAGGAUUGGUAUGUGACGGGCCAGAUUGUAGGGUUGCCGACGCAGAAUGGACAGUUGUGUCGGCUCUGA